AUGACUGAAACAGAGUACUGUGUAUUAAAUGAUGAGCAAAAUUCAUCUUUUAAUCUCAAAACUUCGGCUCUCAUUUUAAUAACAGUGUUGAACUGUGAUUUACUUACAGACAGCACUAAAGCUGUGGUGUCCAUAAAGCCUGAUAAACAGGUGUUUAAAGGAGAGACGGUCACUCUGAGAUGUGACAUGCAGGCAGGAGGAGACACUGAGUGGACUUACCGCUGGUAUAAAGAUGACCGUCUGUCCUCAAACAGAAGAACACAGGAGUUCACAGUCAGCUCUGUUACAGAGUCUAACGGUGGUAAAUACACCUGCAGAGGAGACAGAACACAUGACUUUCAGAGCUCAGAGAUCAGUGAUGCUGUUACCCUUACUUUGUCUGAUGUAGCUCAGGCAGUAUUGAGUGUGUCUCCACAGAGCUGGCUGACUGAAGGAGAGUCAGUGACUCUAAGUUGUGAGGUUACAGGCUCCUCUACAGGCUGGACAUUCAGCUGGUACAGAGCUGCUCUCUACAGACAAGGCUUAGAACAAAUAAGAGACGUUCAUGGCAAAGUUCUGUAUCAUGUAGAGCUCCUGUCAGACAGCAGAAGAGAAGCUGGAGGCUCCUACACUCUCAGUCCUGCUGCUCUAAAUCACACAGGAGUUUAUGUGUGCAGAGCAGAGAGAGGAGAACCAGCCUAUCAGACACAGUACAGCACUGCGCAGACACUGUGGAUCACUGGUUCAUCUCCUCCAGCCUCUCUGAUCAUCAGUCCCAGCAGAACUCAACACUUUAGUGCUGGCUCUCUCUCACUGAGCUGUGAGGGACAGAGUGACUCUACUGGAUGGAGAGUGAGGCGAUACACACACAGUGGGGAGGUGUCAGAUUGUUCAUCAGUUACAGGAUCUACAUGCAGCAUCAGCUCCCUCCACACAUCCCUCACUGGAGUUUACUGGUGUCAGUCUGAGUCUGGAGGAGGAAGUGAUCCUCUCAACAUCACAGUGCACAAUGGUGAUGUGAUUCUGGACAUUCCUGUCCAUCCUGUGUCUGAGGGAGAUUCUCUGACUCUCCGCUGUUUAUUUCGCUCCACAAAGCCCUCAAACCUCACAGCUGAUUUCUAUAAAGAUGGAUCACUGCUCCAGACCCAGACGACAGGAGAGAUGAUCAUCCGUACUGUCUCAAAGUCAGAUGAAGGUCUCUACCACUGUAAACACCCAGAGAGAGGAGAGUCACCACAGAGCUGGCUCUCAGUCAGAGCUUCAGGUUCUGGUGUAACAGUAGUAGUAAUAGUCGGAGUGUCAGUGGGACUGAGUCUAAUCUUGCUCCUCAUCAUCAUACUGGGCCUGAUUUGCUGCUACAAGAAGAGCAAAGGUGAUUCUGCAGCUCAGCCCAGUGAUGACACUUACGCUGAGAUUAUGACUACAAACAGCUACAGAGGAAACGAUGAAGCAGUGAGGAGACCAAAUGAUGUGGCUUAUUCCCAAAUUGAGAUGAAACAUUUCAACUACCACAGUGAAGGUCUGUGAAGAAAACUGCUGCUGCUGCUGUCGCAGGACAGAAAGUAAGCAU